UCCGUCGGCGCCGCGGCCAGGACGAAAGCUCGCACGCGCGGACUUCGCUCUCGCCGUAGGAAGCCUGCCGAUGGAAGCUCGUCGCUGAAAGCGCACGCUAUGCGGACCCCGUCGUGAUCCACGAAUCGCGGGACAGUAUAUUAUUUCUUUGCCUGGUUCCCUCUUGCCCGACCUUUCUUUCCCUCCCCUUCUCUCUGACCAACCCUCCGGCUUUAUCCAUUCCCUCGGCAGCGGCCAGGGCGUCGUGACGGCAGCGUCGCGGUUGGUUCGCGUAUCGCGGGGACAAAUGUGUACGGUGAGCAGCAGUGUGACGUAGUGCGGCGAAGUAGGAGAGGACGAAGAGAUCGGCAGGAGGGCAGAGGAGCGAGGAACGCGGGAAGAGGAGCAGGAGGUGGAUGAUGAUGAGGGGGCACAGGAAGAGGGCGCCGAGCCCCGAUGCAUUCGCAUCUUCUACAUAGGGGAUCGUUCCGUCUCUUCGACGUCCGACGUGACGACGGGCAGCGAGCACGCCGGGGGACGACGACGAGGACGACGACGUCGCUUAGGAGCCUCCAGCACGAAACCAGCACUGCCGUUUGUUCUCCGAGAUGGCGGACGAAAAGGAGAAGCAGACGUUCCUGCAGAAGCUGCUGUUCUACACGACCGCGUUCUUCAUCCUCCUCAGCACCUUCAGCCUCUUCGCCUUCCUCUUCUUGGUCCCCUUCGUUAUUGACCCCGCUUUCACCACCAUCUUCAUGCAGUUCGACACUCGACCCGCCGAGUGCGUCACCAUCGAUGUUGAGUCCAAAAGAGGUACGAGCAAUUGCUCAUGGACGUCCUGUAGAGAGGGUUGCACGAAGGAGCUGUACGAUUGCACGCAAAUACUCGUCAACUAUAAGCUACCGGAAAACGUGUCCGAAGGGACAGGCGGGGAAGGCGGAGCGGUAGGAGGUGUCGAGGACGACGAAGAGAGCAAGCGGAUGCCGCGUUACGAGCGUUCCUUAGGCGAAUACGUCGAGGAGCUCAACGAGAACUUCGUCGAGGACGAUGAGACCGGACUGCCGAAACCUUUCCCUACAGGUCUCAUGGGCAACGACUCCGAGUGGUACUUCACCGGGGCCAAGCUGUUCCCCAACGUAAAAGGCUGUGGAUACCCUCCAAUGCUGAAUUGCAGUAUUUUCUAUCGGCAGUACGCCAACAUAGGGCAGAACUUUAGCUGUUACUACUCGAAAGUGGACCCCGGAAUUGUCAUCAGCGAUCUCGAUAUGUGGCAGGUGUACAUGAACCUCGUGUACGCGAUGGCGAUUCCGAUACCGUCUUUCAUAAUCUCGGUGAUAUACCUCACCAUCGCCUACUUCAAGAUCUACAACGAAGACGAGGAGGUCCUCGUAGGCGGCGAAGAGGGUGAGGAAGGGGAGGAAGGGGACGGGGACGACGGUACACCCUUGCCGCCAACUAGCGGUGCAUUAACGCCCGGAAGUGAAGCCUUCAGGGAAGAUUUGGCGAGCUUCGGGCAUCAACUCAAGGUCGCGAUGGCCGACGACAUCAGCAGGGAAAGUCUUGAUGGGAUUCCUAACUCGCUCUCUGUUCAGGGAAACUUGAGCAAGACGAUGACGACGAGUAUCUCAACUCCCCCUGGGCCGACAGCAGCAGUCUGAAGCGACACUUUCAAGGUCUGAAUAAUAUCUCGUGGAGACCACACUAAGCGAUUUCCAUCGCGUCCGUAAAAAGGCAGAAUGUUACGGUGGCCGAAGAAGCUUUAUUGACCGAGGAAGAGCCACGUUAUCUUUCUCUCUCAGGAUCGACUUAUAAAAAUCCACCUUUGCGAUUUCAUUCGGAGUGAACCAGAGGCAUACUCGGUUACUCGAGUAAACUCGAAUCGUACGCGAAUAGACGAUGAUUAAAGGGAACGCUGACAAAUCUGCCAUUCUCUUAUCGUAAAUCUGUCCCCGUAAAAGCGCCGAUUAUAAUCCACAGAUGUUACGACGAGAUAUUUUGCGACAGACUUUUUUCCUACUCGAUAAUAGCUCAACUACGAAGUCGCGCGUGUUGAUAAUUCUGUCAUCCGCUCGUACCCGAGAUCAGUCCUUCGAAUGCGGAAUCCCAAGUGCGAUGCUCGUAUUAUGCGCCAGAAAAGCUCCUCGUUUCUUGCAAACGUUCAAACGUUGGCACGCGGCCGCCGUUAUUCCGCGCGCCGAUUUGAUUUACCUCGCACGAUGCCUUCUUCUUGUCUAAGUGCGACUACUCGUGGUCCGAUAUCAAUUCGCGAAUCUCGUGCCUGUAUAUCGCAUUUCGCAAACACGAAGUAUCUGUCCUUACGUCGUAUACAAGCGUUCACUGUAUAUUUUUGAACGAUUUUCAAUGUAUCGCGGCGGCAGGUGAUCGUCCUGCGUAGAGAGGAAGUAAAUCCAUCAUUUUGAAAGCCACGUGAGUCCUGAAUUUGCGCUAUAUUUUUGAAUUGAAAAAUUUCAACGUCAAACGUAAAGAAUAAGCUUGGUUAUAAAUCUUUGUCGAGUCAAAUUCAGAAUUCUUGUUAUACAAACAACAGAUCCUUUUGUAAUACAUUUUUCAUUAACGAAUUUGAUUGCCGACGUCAACGGACUCGUGUUUUCAAAACGAUCGAUAUGAAUUCGUGCAACGAAGCGCACACCGAGUAAACGCACCCUCUGGUUCACUCAACGAUACCGAGCGGAUAUAUUCCAUUCGAGGAACGCAGAGGAAGGGAAAAGCGCGAGGCGAGGCUCGACUCGCGGCAUCACGCUAUCUAUAUAUUAAAAGUCACGAGUUCUAAGGACUAAAAAACUUAAUCAGUAAAAUUAAUGAGCUAAAUACCGCUAACGUUACGAAUAUUAUCAGGUAAUUCGCUUGCUGUGUGAUCAUGAUGCGUCCACUCACGUGCAUCGUAGAACACUUUUAUCAGACACCGACGACACUAAACGUCCGUUUCACUCCUCUAAACCGGCGACACGCUUUCGCAAGCAGAAAAAAAAAAACGAACGCGAGAUUUUCGCAAGAGUCCACCACCCCGCACCCCGGUUGCGGCCUCGUCCAUAUACUACGAUCUCCACACGCACAAAUUCCAACGUUUUUUCAGGUACCUGACUGACACACACGCUCGAAGGAAACGUAGGUACCUUCGCGAGUCUCACUGCAUAUAUGCGCGCUUAGAUCAAUACACGGGGCGAAGAAAUAUCCGCUACAACACGAGAGAGAGAGAGUGCUUCGACGAGUCGCAACUAAAAUACGGUCUGUUGUCUUUAGUUGCGCUCACCUAUUUUUUUUUUUUGUACUUCAACACGACGUAUACUUUGCAGAAAGCGGGACGAGGAAACGAAUGUUAGGAGCGUGACGAAGAGGCAGACCUAUCGUCACUAAAAAAAUUCUUUCCGUACCGAUUGUAUUCCGACGUUAUAUUUUUACAAGAUGUUCGAAGCACUCCAAUUGUUUGUAAGUUUAGAUGAAUAUGUCUGUCAAAGGGCUAAUAUACGUAUUCGAGCGCAGUUUUCUAAAUCGUGUGACCUGGAUAUUAAGCAUCAGUCGUAAUGAGCUUCGUGCUACUCCUCAGACUUAAAAAGUACGGCUUGUCUUAUUAUCAUCUUAAUGUCAACCGUGAACGCGAUUAGCUAUACGUUAUGAUUUUGUAAAGUGUUAACGUCGCCUGGAAUAUCGACCAAACGUUUGCCGCAUGGAAACUAUCCCUUGGAACACUCGAGUAAUACUUCAAGACGUCUGAGUGUCUAAUCCUAGCGUUUGUAUCGAAACUUCGAGCACUUUGCUCAAAGCGAAUAAAUUAUUUGCAAUCCCUUACGAACACUUGGAGCCUUUACCAUUUGAAAAGAUUGGCGUUCCAUGUGGCAUUAAAGGGGGCGAAAUGUAGAAAAAAUAUCAUAUUAACUAUCGCUCGAUUCACGUUUUCGGAAUUCGUGCUAUUCCUGCGAUCAUCACACACAGAGCAACAUGCAUACACAUACACGACACACACCGUCACGAAAGGCACAUUUUACAUACAUUGGUAAUCUAUGGGAAAAAAAGAUAAUUGAAUUGUUUUUAUGGAUUAAGAACAAGUUGUCUGUGAUCUACAAUAAUUAAAAGAAUAUUUAAUAAGUAUUAACAGAUAAAAGUAUAAUUGAGAUAAUGUUGAACGAUGGAGGAAAGAAAUAAUCGAAGGACGAUCGGAUUUUAUUGGUACAAGUUGAGCGCAGAUUUCCCGAGGCAUUGGUAGAGCAAUACGAUAGCGAAAGGGAGGAAUAAAAUAUCGCAUAAAAAUUAAAAAGUCACCGCAAAGGAAUUCUAGAAGAAAAAAAAAAGAGGUAUAUUAUAUAUAAUUAUAACAAAAUAGAGACUUAUUAUAUGAUAGAGCACGCAACGUCUGAACAUUUAAAUCGCUGCUGUUAAUCUGCAAACUAACUCGCGAUAUAAAAACGAAGAUGCGUGCUGCGUUCGGAUAGUACCAAUAAAAAAAAAAAAUAUAUGGAUAUAUUACAUAGCACUUGACCGUCGCGGCUAAAAGUAUAUAGGAUUAGAUAGAUUUAUAGAAGCGCAAAACACCAAAAAUCGUUCCUUCCACCCGCUCCGGCCGUGUAUUCGAUUAUCGAUUUUAAAUAUAUCGCAUCUCAUAUGUGAAGUCAAAGCUCUGUGAAUUUGUAAAAGCGCACCUCAGAACGCAAUUAGCAUCGUCAUUUUACUAAAUGAAAAGGAAACACAAAAAAGGAACUAUAUAUAUAUAAAAAAAAAAUAGCCGUACCAUCACUAAAUAAUGAGUUAUUCAACGAGUGUUGUCGCAAAGAUGUUCGAGAUAAUUUUUGUACAGUUUCUGGCACACACGAGAAGAACGUGCAACAUCGUCGUCUUUAUAUUUAUGUACAUUUCAAUUAUUAUAAAUUUUUCGAUAUUAUUAUCGAACUAUGAUCGAUUUCGUGUGAAAGUGUAUAUGGCUUUUUCUGCGGUUAACAAUAAAAUGUUGUCAAAGCUUU